AUGCGUUUCGACGCCUUUGUUGCUUUCUUCGUGCCAGCCGCGCUCUGCGUGAAACUGCACCCGGAUGCUUUGCAAUCCAGACAAGAUGGAUGUGAAGCAUACGGCGAUUAUCCGGAGUACACCGGACCAUGCGAGGACACCAACUGCGGUGCCAAAGGGACCGACUGCACCAAGACUUCCCAAGGUUGCGUGAUCUACCCUGCAAUCGGUUGUCCCGCUGAAGGCUGCACCUGCACAUACUACUGA